CUUGAAAAAUUUAAGGUGGCCACCGCCAUGUUUCAGAAUGAAAUAUGUCCAAAACAUUACAUGUAAUAUUUCCGUAUAGCAGUAUUUACAUUUCAUACAUUUUUCUUUAUUUUGAAAUAAUACUUUUUGGUUGAUGACACUACAGCGUGAGUUGUAUUUGCUGUAAGUAGCUAGUUCCGUCUAUUUACCCAUAGACUAACGUAUUAGCUAGCGCGAGCUAGUAGCACGCUAUCCGAGGGAAGGAGCGGAAUAUCGGCCUUACGCGUGCCAAGUAUUUGGACAUUUAGCUAGUUGACUCAAAAGCUUUUUGUAUUGUUUCCCAUAAAGUAACAGUGUUACGCAAUGCACCAUGGGAGUGGACAACAGCAUAUGCAACGGCAACUUCAGAGAUCCAAGUCCAUCACUGGAUCUGAAGCAGAAGAGCAGCAGCAGCAGACCAUGGCAGUUACUCAACAGCAGGCAACAGCCAACCACCCACAAUCACCUGUGACCACGUUUGCAUCUGCAGCCAGCCCUUCAGCCCCCAAGUCACCCAACUACCAGAUAAUCAUGAGCCGCAGCCCUGUCACAGGCCAGAACAUGAACAUCACCUUACAAAAUGUCAGUCAAAUGGUGACGGGCAACCAACAGAUCACCCUCACCCCGCUCCCCCUCCAGAACCCAGGCUCUCCCGGCUUCCAGCACACAGCUCCGCAAUGGAGGUUUGAGCAUGCCCCGUCCUCCUAUAUCCAAGUGACCUCACCCCUGCCCCAAUCCAUGCAGCCCCAAAGUCCCACCCAGCACAACCCAGUACCCCUCCAUCGACCUGGGGCACCCGGAGCAGGACUGAGUGUGUGUGGACAGAGCCCAACACGUUUUGUUGAUACUGGCAUGCUUGUGAGACAAAUCAGUCUUGGCAGCCCAUCUGGAAGUGGCCACUUUGUUUACCAAGAGGGGACAGGGUUGACACAGCUGGCUCCAACCACAGCUGGGCAGGUGCAGCUGCAACUGUCCUCCCCAGGGGCACCAGGCUCUGUGCGGGAACGCAGGUUGUCACAGCCUCAUUUACAGACUGGAGGCACCAUCCACCACCUUGGACCUCAGAGUCCUGUGGUCAGUGGCACUGCUCUGCCCACACUGGGGAGCCCAGGCCACAUCACCACCUCCAACUUGCCACCUCAAAUCAGCAGUAUCAUCCAGGGGCAGCUGGCGCGUCCCAUGAUAUUUGAGAAGACUCUUGGUGUGGUAGCUGGAGUGGGCACAGCUGCCACAGCAUCUUUCAAUAUGCCUUCCACCAUUCCUCCUUCCAGCCCUUCCCUCACUAACCCUCCCCAAGGCAUCCCCAAUCCCCCCCUUACGCCUACCGGCAUGAGCAUGGGCUCCAUCAAGAAACAGAUACCCAAAAAGCUGGAGGAGAUUGCACCUUCCAACCCAGAAGUGGCCCAGCUGAGGAAGCAGUGUCUGGAGCACCACACUAAGAAGAUGGAGGGUCUGAAGGAGGUCUUCAAAGACUACCUGAUUGAGCUGUUCUUCCUCCAGCACCUCCAGGGGAACAUGAUGGACUAUUUGGCUUUCAAGAAGAAGCCCUGCGUCCCGCUUUUCACUUACCUGAGGCAGAACGACCUGGACCUUGAGGAGGAAUCAGAAGAGGAGGAGCAGUCAGAGGUCAUCAAUGACGAGGUCAAGGUUGUCACUGGAAAGGAUGGACAGGCGGGGACACCAGUUGCCAUAGCUACACAGCUUCCACCCAAUGUUUCAGCAGCAUUCUCUUCCCAGCAGCAGUUCCAGGUCCACCUGGGAGCAUCAGGCAGCAUGACAAACCCAGGGGACAUGGAUGCCUUUAAGAGGCAACAGGCAAUGGCACACGCAGAUCAGGCUAAGAGGUCCCGGAUUGAAGUUGGUCGCCAUAGAAUGAUUUUCCAGCAUCCUGGUGUUUUAGGAUCACCUGGCGUUCCACUCCAGCAGCUUAUGCCGACAGCGCAAGGCGGGAUGCCCCCCAACCCACAGUCAGUUCAGAUCCCCGGGCAGAAGCAGAACCAGCCGCUCUAUGACCCGUCUAAAGGGCCUCCGGUGCAGAACGCUGCCAGCCUGCACACCCCUCCCCCCCAGCUGCCAGGUCGCCUCCCACAGGGCGCCCUCUCCAUGGCAGGCCUGCCCAUGGCUCUCUCUCAGCAGUCACAGCUGUUGGAGAGCUCACCCCAGGCCACCAACCUGCUUCAGGCCCAGGUGAAAGUGCAGGGGGCCGGCCCCAUCAUGGCUCCAGUAAACCACCACACACAGCUCCAGCAGCAGAUGCAGUCUGGCCUUCACCUCCAGAUGCAGGCUCAGCAGCUACAGCAGCCUCAGCCCAUGCUGCAGCCAGGACAGGCGACUGUGGCUCUUGCUCGUCCUGGAGCAGAGUCCAACCAACCUGGCCAAAGAAUGAUGAUCAACUCCCUGUCUAACCCCUCCAUGUCUCCUGCCCCCCUCAAUGUUCCCAACUCACUCCCCUCCCCCCACACCAUUAGCCCCCUCCGCCAUCCCGGGUCCAACAUCACCCCUGCCACACAGUCCAAACUGGCCGGGCCCAACAGCACUUCCACUAUCAAAAUGGGUGGCUUUGUUCAGGGCUCAGGUAUGCAGUCAUCAGAAGGGAGCUCACAGGACAAACAAGCUGAGCAGACCAAACUGGAGUGCCAGGUGCACCAGCGUAUCUCUGAGCUGAGGAAAGAGGGCCAGUGGUCAGCCAGCAGGCUGCCCAAGCUCAUGGAGUCCUCUCGGCCCAAGUCCCACUGGGACUACCUACUGGAGGAGAUGCAGUGGAUGGCAGCUGACUUUGCCCAGGAGAGGAGGUGGAAGAUGGCUGCUGCCAAGAAGCUGGUUCGCACCUGUUCCCGUUACCAUGAUGAGCAGAAGAAAAUGGAAGCGAAGUUCAAGAAAGAGGAAGAACUGAGGCUUCGUCACAUUGCUAGCACCAUCGCUAGAGAGGUGGAGUUCUUCUGGUCCAACAUUGAGCAGGUUGUCGAAAUAAAACUACAGUUUGAGAUUUAUGAGAAGAGACUGAAAAUGCUCAGCCUGCAGAGAGCAUCGAGUAAGGGACAAGAUGUUAAACCUACUCAGUCGACAGCAGAUAAAGCUGAAAAAGACGAACCCACUAUGUCAUCAAGGAAGCGAAAGUCCAGCACUUCAUUGGCUGAAGAAGUUCAGGAUGAGGAGAGCACCAUAGAGGAGCAGGAAGCGAUGGAGGUGACAGCUGAUCAGAGGGCAGAGUUGGCCGAUCUGGCUAAAGAUGCUGAGAUGCCUCUGGAUGCGUUGGUGAAACAGUAUGCUGGUGCCUACACUGACAACUUUGACUGGCCCCAGCCUGCCCCACCGAGUGAUGAGGAGGACCGGGAGGAGACUGAAGAGAUGGAGUCCUCUCUGGACAGCCCCCACGAGGCUGUAGUGAUAGACUCUCUGCUCAGUGUGGACCAGUAUCGAGGUUCUGACAAGGCCUGCCCCCCUGGUGCUGACGGGAAGCCUAAGAAGGACAUAGCAGAGGUGGCAGCCGCCACAGAACUCAUCCUACCCAAGGGCAGUGCCAGGACCACCUCUUCUGUCCGCAGCCAGGCUCCUUUCCUGCUGCACGGAUCACUGCGUGAGUACCAGCAGAUUGGAGUGGACUGGCUAGCCAGCCUCCACAAGAAACACCUCAACGGCAUCCUAGCAGACGAGACUGCACUGGGCAAGACCGUGCAGAUUGUGGCCUACCUGGCCCAUCUGGCCUGUCAAGAGGGUAUCUGGGGCCCCCACCUAGUUGUGGUGAGGACGUGUAAGAUGCUGAGCUGGGAGAUGGAGUUUAAACGCUGGUGUCCUGGCCUCAAGAUCCUCCUCUACCUUGGCAACAGACAUGAAUGCAGAGCAAAGAGAAGGUGGUGGGCGGAGGCCAAUAGCUUCCAUGUGUGUGUGACGUCCUAUAAGCUGCUGCUGAAGGACCAGAACCACUUCCUGAGAAGGAGGUGGAAACACCUGGUCCUGGAUGAGGUGCAGCUCAUUAAGAACAUGUCUGAGAAACACUGGGAAACCAUCUUUGCUCUCAAGAGUCAGCAGAGGAUCCUCCUGAUCAACACUCCACUACACAACACACUGAAGGAGCUGUGGACCAUGAUCCACUUCCUCCUGCCAGGCAUCACCAGACCCUACACAGACUUCCCUGUCAAGCCAGGCACAGACCAGAACCAGGACUACUGCCACAAACUGGUCAUUCGCCUACACAGGAUGAUCCAACCCUUCAUUCUGAGGCGCUGUAAGAGGGACGUGGAGAAGCAGCUCCCUAAGAAGUAUGAACACAUCCUCAAGUGUCGCCUGUCCAGCAGACAGAGGAGCAUGUAUGAAGAUAUCCUCACUCAGCCAGGAGCCCAGGAGGCGUUGAAGCCGGGUCAUUUUGUGAGUGUGCUGCAGGUGCUGCUGCAGCUGCAGAGGAUCUGUAACCACCCAGACCUGGUAAACAUCAGGGAGACCAGCAGCUCCUACGUGUGUUUGUCUCUGCAGUACAACACCCCUUCCCUGGUGCUGGGAGCCCUGCAGGAGGACCAACGCACGAGCUUGGACCUGUCCCUGUUUGACCUGAUCAGUAAUGAGAACAGACUGACACGCUACGAGACGGAGGAGGUUCUACCCAAACUCAAAGUCACCCGUCAGCUGAUCGAGGAGCUCCACAGAACCCCGGACCCACCGGCCAGGCCCAAGCCCUGCAAGAUCAAACCCAUGAGGUUGUUCCAGCCAGUGCAGUAUGGUACCAAGCCAGAGGGUCGUCUAGUGCCCAUGAGUAGUACUGUGGGUCAGCAGCGUCCUCCAGCCACCACUACCCCCGACACCUCCACCGCCCAUCAGUCAGCCCAGACCAGGGGCAAGUCCCCAGUCACCACCACUACCGCCACACAGGUGGCUGGGACGGCUAUUCAGAAAGCCCAGACUACCUCUGCAGCCACCGGCACCACUGGGUCUGCUGUAGGCUCCUCUGGGAGCGCUGCCACUGGCCAGCAUGUGGUGGGGACUGUGGCCCUGGGCCAGGCUCUGUGUGGUGCAGCCCAGCCCACUCUGCCUGGCAUUGUCCAGGUCCACAGGCCAUCCCUAGGCCCCACCCAUGCCAUCCAGCCCAGCCUGGUUCCACAGAGGCUGGUUCUAACGUCCCAGGCCCAGGCAAGGUUGCCUAGUGGAGAUGUGGUGAAAAUAGCCCAGCUGGCGUCCAUAGCAGGCAGUCAGAACCGGAUCUCCCAGCCUGAGACCCCCGUCACGCUGCAGUUCCAGGGCAACAAGUUCACCCUGUCCCCCAGCCAGCUCCGACAGCUCACCACAGGGCAGCCCUUGCAGCUCCAAGGUACACUCGGUAACAUUCUGCAGAUAGUGUCGGCCCCCGGUCAGCAGAUCCUCCGGCCUCAGGGCUCCAUGCUCAUGCAGACGGUACCUCAGGCUGUACCCGUCUCCAACUCCUCCUCCACACCUGGCACCCCAUCCCCCCCAACCCACCAAGUUUCAGCCUCAGGGGUGAGCGUCAAGCCAGCUCCUGCUGCUCCUAUUGCCCCUCAGGAGUCGUCAGAGGAGAGGAGUCGUCUGCUGAAGGAGCGUCUGAGCCGCCUGUUCAGUUCCAACGAGCGGCGCUGUGGCCGCAGUGUCCUGUACGGGGCUGACCUGCUCCAAGCCUGUUCUGUGACCCCAGGGGCUCCUCACUCUGCCCUGAGCCCCAGGGGCUGGAGGUGGGUGGGCAGGGACAGCUGCCUCAGGGCCCAGAGGACCCCUGUGGCCACCACCACACACCUCCAGUCUGCCCUGCUCUCCUCCACACACCGCCAGGAUGCCGGCAGCCACCUAGUCAGCAGGUUAUCAUGUGUUGUCCCUGUCGCAGUAGCUCCUCCCCCUCACCUGUAUGCAGCCAAUCCCCCAGCUCUCUACAGCCUGGAGCAGAAGUCGAUCAGUCGCAGGCUUCGGGAGGCUGCAGCCCCCUACAGCACAGAGAUCCACCGCCUGGCCUCUGGACACCAGCUCGAGUUCCCUGACCUGCAGCUCAUGCAGAUGGACUCAGGUAAACUUGAGGCCCUGGCCAUUCUGCUCCAGAAGCUGAGGUCGGAGAAUCAUCGAGUCCUCAUCUUCACACAGAUGGUGAAGAUGCUGGACAUCCUGGAGGCCUUCCUGGACCACCGGCAGCUCACAUACAUCCGCGUGGACGAGAGCCUGACCACAGAGGAACGCCAGGAGCAUAUGAAGACCUUCAACAGGAACAGACAGGUGUUCUGUAGCAUUCUGACCAACCGCUGCUGCUCGGGCGUGGGGACCGUGUUCGAUGCAGACACCAUUAUAUUCUACGACACAGACCUCAACCCCAGCAUGGACGCCCGCACCCAGGAGUGGUGCGACAAGAUCGGACGCUUCAAGGACAUCCACAUCUAUAGACUGGAGAGUGGGAACUCCAUUGAAGAGAAGCUGCUGAAGAACGGCACCAAGGAUCUGAUCAGAGAGGUGGCUGCCCAGGGGACUGACUACACCCUGGCAUUCCUCACACAGCGAACCAUCCAGGACCUGUUUGAGGUGGAGACCGGCUCUGGGGAGAAGGUUGAGGAGUUUGUUGUUCUGCACCAGGAGCCGUCUCCCUCUGAGGCAAUCUCUCCCCGCGUGGCCAGGCCCUACAUCCAGGCCCUUCACAGCAUCAGCCUGGAUGCCCCACCACCAGAGUGGCAGGGGGAGGAGGGUCAGGAGGAGGACCUGGAGAAAGAGGCACAAGUCAAGGAAGAGCCCUCUCAGCUAGAGGAGCUCAGUGCUGUCAUGGACCAGCUGACGCCGAUAGAAAAAUAUGCCCUGCAAUACCUGGAGUAUCUUCAUGUCAGUGAAGACGAACAUGUUGCCAAGGAGCGACUGUUGUGUGCAAAGAGAGGCUGGGAGGUGCAGCACCUCCAGAAACUGAAGGCUGAAGACUCAGAGAGGAUGAUCAUUGAGGAUGAGGAGAACCUGUUCACCUACACCAGAGAGGAUGCUUACAACAUGGAGUAUGUGUUUGAUGGAGAAGAUGGCCAAACGGAAAUCAUGCCGCUGUGGACUCCACCUACCCCACCGCAGGAUGACAACGACAUCUAUAUCGACUCUGUCAUCUGUCUGAUGUACGACUCUGCCCCCAUGCCGGAGUCCAAACUGCCUCCUGUCUACAUCCGCAAGGAGCACAAGAGACUCAAGAUGGACCCCUCGGCAGGCAGGAAGAAGAAGAAGGGUCAUGGGGAGACAGUGAUUCCUCCUCGUUCCCUCUUUGAGAAGGCCAGCAUGCUCAAGGUCCGCCGCGAGGGCAAGGACCAAAAUAAGAACUUCUCCCUGAAGCAGCAGGCGCCCUUCGCCAAGCCUCUGCCCUCGCUGGUCAAACCUGCCAUGGAGGCCGGACAGGACAAUCCGGAGUGGCUCAUCAGUGAAGACUGGGCCCUGCUACAGGCUUUGAAGCAGCUCCUGGAGCUCCCUCUGAACCUAACCAUCAUGUCUCCGGCCCACACGCCCAACUGGGACCUGGUCAGCGACGUGGUCAACUCCUGCAGCCGGAUCUACCGCUCGCCCAAGCAGUGUCGCAACCGCUACGAGAACGUCAUCAUCCCCCGGGAGGAGGGCAAGUUGGUGUAUGAGGCGAACCCCAAGAAGAAAACCAAGAGCAUAUACAAGUCUAAGAACAGCCGGCCGCUCCGGACCUGUCAGAUCUACACCCAGGAUGACAACGCUACACACAUCCAGCUCUACAACAGCCGCUUUGAGCUCAUGAAGAUCAUCGCCAGCAAGAGGAGUCCCCCCAUCAAACCCCUUCUGGGGAUGAACCCAUUCCAGAAGAACCCCAAACAUGCCUCCGUCCUGGCAGAAAGUGGGAUCGGCUACGACAAGCCCCUCCCUCCCAUUCAGGUGGCAUCACAACGUGCUGAGAGGAUUGCCAAGGAGAAGAAGGUGUAUACUGUUACUGCCCUAGCAGAGCAGCAGAGGACUCAGCAGCUAGCUCAGCAGGCUGGAGCCCCCCAGGCCGUGGCCGGUGCUGCCCAACCCCAGGCUGGGGCUCCUGCUGUAGGCCAAGCCCAGGCCCCGGGAGUCCCCCAGGCCUCUGCAGCGACUGGAGCUACCGCUGUACCCAACACCACUGUCCUGGCUGGAGCCAUUAAGAAUGCUGCUGGGGGGGCGACCAUUCAAACUGGCACCGUAGCGGGGAACGUGAUUGUGAACACAGUGUCUGGAGUUCCUCCAAGUCCGUUCCAGGCCAACAAACGGCUGGCAUCACCAGGUCAAGUCAUACCAGGCACACUGUCUCCUGCCGGUGCAGCAGGAGCCCAGGUGGUCCACUCCCAGCAGAGAGCCGUACCUGCCGCUGCCACCCCUGGAGAGGUGAUCGCCAUAGCUACAGGUCAGGGUGUCAGGGCUGUUACCCCGGUGACCGCCUCUGCGGUGGUGUCCACCACUCUGACCCCAGUGCAGUCUCAGACCCGCUCCCUGGUCACUCAGGUCACACCAGCCACAGGCAUGCAGCUGCCCCAGGGGAAGCCCAUAACCCAGGCCCACCUCCACAUGCUCCGCCAGCAGCAGCUCCAGCAGCAGCAACAACAGCAGGCUUCCUCUACACAAGGCAUUAAGGCUGUGGGCAAACCCCAGGAGCUGCUGAAGAUGCACAAGCAGAAGAUGCAGAUGUCCCAGCAGCAGGUGGCAGUGGCAGCAGCCCAGGGCCAGCAGCAGGCAGGCCAACAGGCCUCCCAGGUCCAGCUGGCUAACCCCCAGGCAGCCCAGGCCAACCCACAGCUAGCUGCUGUAGCUGCUGCUCCCAGAGCCGGGGCCGUGCUGGCUGGUUCCACCGUAGCCAACUUGCAGCUGGCCAGACUGACGCGGGUGCCCACCCAGGGUCAGAUCCAGGCCCAGCCAGGGCAGACUGCCCAGGUGACCCUCACUAAGCCCCCCGUAGUCUCUGUGCCCGCUGUGGUCUCCUCCGCUGGCGUCACCACACUGCCCGUCUCUGUGGCUGGUAUCAGUGUGGCCAUUGGCCAGGGCCAGAAAACAGGUGGGCCGGUGUUGCCGCCCCCGUUCCCCCAGAUGCAGGUGCAGCAGCUGCUCCAGAUGAAGAAGCAGCAGGCAGCCGUGCAGGCAGCAGCAGCCCAGCAGAAAGCAGUGGAGCCACAGCAAGGACCGGCCACUGUGCAGCAGAAGUUGGGCACCCAGCAGAUGACAGUGCAGGGUCCCCAGGCCGCCCAGCAGCAGAAGGUCACCUAUGCUGCCACCACCCAGCUCCAAACUGGCAUCAAGACCCAGUUCUUCACUACCUCCAUCGCCCAGGCUGGAAAACCCACUGGGGCCCAGCAAAUCCAGGUCGCUAAGCUCCCCCAGAUAGUGCAGGGGCAAUCCACUGUGGCCAACAUCCAGCAGAUCGUAUCACCUCCACAGCAGAUCCACUCCCAGACUGUGCCCUUGACCCAGACUGCGUCCUCAGCCCAGCCCCAGGGCCAGAUGAUUCCAUCAGGCACAUCCCAGGUGGUUCAGCAGAAGCUUCUCCAGCAGCAGGUGGUGACUGCAGUCGCCUCGCCUCAGAUCCAGACCACCUCUCCUCACAGCCCGGCCCAGCAGGCCCAAGCGCCUGCUGCAGCCGAGUCCCCUGUACUACAGCAGCCAGCCAAGGGCCAGGCUCGCGGAGGGUCCAUGAGGGGCAAGAACCAGGCCAAGCCCAGUGGGGGCAGCAGCUAGGAGCCCACAGGAAUAGUUAGCACUCCCCUUUCAGCUAGGCCAAAGAGCCCAUAUCAUCAGUGUAAAUGCACUCACAAUGACAUGAAGAGAUGCUUUCACUUUGGCAGAGUGGUGAAGUCCUGACUGAGGUGGCUGUAUUGAAUCUAACCUGGCUAAAGGAACUGCUCCAUGUAAAGGAAUGGCAUGUCUUCAAGAGUGUUAAUCUUCUACAACAGUUUUGUAACUGUUUCAGAAGGUCACCCCUGGAGGCAACCUCCCCCUGCACCAACAUCUAAUAAAGAUCUGAAAAGCAUAUUCAUGCAUUUUAUAUUGAUGAAUAUAUUAAUGUUACUACGUGGCUGAAGCCUAUGGGCUGGUGCAUCACUAAUUUGGGGGAAUGUUCAUUUGAAUGUUUUGUAUGUUCAUACACUGCCCUCCUUGGUGUCCUCAUGCUUACCUUUUAUGUCUAUAAUUUCCUAGUUGUUUAUAGAUAUAGAACAUACCAAUCAUAUCAUGAUCAAGUAAUGUAGCUACAUAUCAGUACUACAGCUGCAUUGCCUACCAGAAGGAUAAGUGAGGAUUUCAGUCCUCAUUCACAUACCAUUAAUUCACAUAACCUUUUUCAAUGUACCAAUUUAACAUUGAAAGAGGGGUCCUUAAAAGUUAGCUCAUUUAAGCUUGCCAUGUCAAACUGCCCCAAUAGUCAUUGUAUCGCAGUUAAACUACUCAAUACACAAAUAAAAUACAAUCUGGAUGUGACUUUUGCAGAUAUUCUAUGGAAAAUAAUGCACGUUCCUUUAGUCCAUUGUAACAAACACUGUAAACAUUAAGUAUCUUGUUUUCUCGUCAUUUUGUAUUGAUGUAAAAAAAAAAAAAAACAUGUAAAUAACAAUGGAAAACAUUUGUACUUGUAAAGUAGUUUAUUUGAUUUUUUUCAGCCUAAUUGUAAUAAAUUGUUUUGUUUUUAUACACUA